CAUCUCCCACAUCCAGAAAUCCAAAAGUCUCCACAUCAUGUGUCACAUCCCCGUCUUCUGCUGGAUCACUGCUAAAGUUCUGGAGGAUGUGAUGAAGACCAGAGAGAGAGAAACUACCCAAGACUCUGACUGAGAUGUACAUAGAGUUCCUGCUGGUUCAACUCAACAUCAAGGAGGAAAAGUAUGAUGGAGGAAAAAAGAGCAAAUCUAUCUGGAGUCCAGAGAACAGGAAGCUGAUUGAGUCUCUAGGAAAACUGGCUUUUGAUCAGCUGCUGGAGGGAAACCUGAUCUUCUAUGACAAAGAUCUCACACAGUGCGGCAUCAACAUCCAAGAUGCUGCGUUGUUCUCAGGAGUUUUCACUGAGAUGUUUAAAAGAGAGAGAGGGACAUGCGACGUCUCCGUCUACUCCUUUGUUCAUCUGAGCAUCCAGGAGUUUCUGGCUGCAGUCUACAUGCUCCACUGCUUCACCAGCAGGAAGUCAGAGGAGAUCAAGACGUUCCUGGGAGACGAAUACAGAGAAACAUCUCUAGAUGAGUUCAUGAUGAAAGUCAUGAAGAAAUCCCUCAGCAGUCAAAAUGGCCACCUGGACCUGUUUGUGAGCUGUGGUCUCCACUGGAUGCAACAGCCAGAAGAGAAGCAGCACCAGUGCAGCAGAGGGCGCUGUUCAGUUUCCAGUCUGCCAUUUUCACCGUCUCUGCCAAAGGAGAGCGUCUUCAUUCCCGCCUCCCAGAUGGUUGUAGCUCUGUAA